UCCUUGUUAAGCGUGGUACUGAGUCUAAGCUGGUAGUUUGGUAAAAUGCUUGCAUAUAUCUCUCGGCUCUCCUUCUCUCUCAAGCUUUCUUGCUGCGUCAGACCAAACCUCUUGGAGCUUCUUUCUUGGGAAGAGGACAGAGGAAGUAAACAGAUAAGCUUUUAAGAGAGUUGUGUGCAAGCAGUGAAGAUCUAAAAUGGAGCCAGUCCUCAGAGUUUCAUAUUACAGCUACCCGUCCAUCAUGAAGCUUUUUCUUCUCCUGUGUCUCGCUGGUCUUCUUCCAAUCUCUGUAUCCAUUCUGCGAACCGUCCCUCACAAGUAUGACCUGAUUAAGGCAAAGAUGUCAUGGCCCGUUGCACAGAAUUACUGCAGGGUGAUGUACACUGACCUGGCAACGAUCCUAAGUGAUACUGACUGGCUAAGAUUGAAGAAGGAAGCAGCAAGCAAAGGUCUGGCAACAUCUGCCUGGGUCGGAUUGUACAACGAUAUCAAUACGUGGCGCUGGUCCUUAAACAACGUCUCACUGAAGAGUGUCACUUAUACCAAUUGGUACUCUGAUCAGCCUGACAAUUAUGCUGGAAAAGAAUCAUGUGGUAUAAUAGACAGCAAUGCAAUCUGGUGGGACUCAGACUGUACACAAGAAAAAACCUUCAUAUGCUACAAUGCUAAUUUCAGUGGCGCUGCUAGGUUCAUCCCUGUCUCAAGUCCUCUGCUGACCUGGUCUGAAGCUCGGGAUUACUGCCGAACACAUCACACAGACCUGGCCAGCUCUCUUAACAGCUCAGACAACAACAUGAUAGCGCAGUUGGUGACAUUCAGUAUUUAUCCCUGGAUUGGGUUAUAUAGAGACACGUGGAAGUGGUCAGAUGGGGCCAACGCUUCAGGCCUCCCAUGGGCUCCUGGACAACCUGAUAAUAAUGGAGGAGCUGAGAACUGUGCACUGGUUUAUAACGGACUGUUCAGUGAUGUACCCUGCAACAACCAGUACUAUUUCUUCUGUCACACCAUGAGGAAACAGCAGAUAGUGAGACUGCAGGUGAAGUCUGAUGGGAGUGUGUUUGAUCCUGAUGUGCAGUCGUCCAUUUUAGAGCAGAUCAAGGAGAAGCUGGAGGAAAAGGGCAUGCUGAACACCACAGUGACCUGGAAGGUGCAGCCAGACGGAAACAUCUUCUACAAGAAAAACAACAAUGAUCUGUAACAUCCAAAUGCUCACUCUGUAGAUAACAUUUAAUCUAAAGCUUAAAUAAUGCCAACUAAAAUCUAACUGCAAUCUUACAUAAAAGCAGAAAAAAUUAGAAUAUUAGAGUAGAAGGAAGAUCUAGAAAGUUU